GCAUGCGCAGAAAGUGCUCCAAACAUACCUAGACGUUUUGAUGGCUUGAACUUUUACCAUUGGCAAAACUGGCACGGUUCUGUUCUUUUCUUUUGUCGUCUUUGCAGAGAUGUCUACACACAGAAAGAAGACCAGGAAACUUCGUGGACACGUGAGCCAUGGCCACGGCCGCGUAGGCAAACAUAGGAAACACCCAGGUGGUCGUGGUAAUGCUGGUGGUAUGCAUCAUCAUCGAAUCAAUUUCGACAAAUAUCAUCCUGGUUAUUUCGGAAAGCUUGGUAUGAGGAAUUAUCAUCUACGACGCAACACCAAAUGGUGUCCCACUAUAAAUCUAGACAAAUUGUGGACUCUGGUCUCCGAACAGACGAGAUUAAAGUACAAAGAUGUUGAAGGCAAAGCACCUGUAAUCGAUCUCGUUAAAGCGGGAUAUUAUAAACUCCUGGGGAAAGGACGCCUUCCAAAACAACCUGUCAUUGUCAAGGCUAAAUUCUUCAGUAAACAGGCAGAGGAUAAGAUUAAAGCAGUUGGUGGUGCAUGUGUUCUGUGUGCAUAAUCGAAAAUUUAAUCUCCAUAAACGUGUACUUUGUAAGUACUCAACUUUGCUGAAACGUGCGAAUUAAAAGAUCAAGAUUAAUUUGGAUGUAUUAAUGGAGGAUGUAUUUCGAUGAAAUAAAAACUUUUUUAGUACA